CUUUCUCAUUCCAUUGAUUUACUUAGUUCACGGGCCAAUGUACUAUAAGAAUCUUCAAUCUCAUAAAUCUCCCAUCUACACAACCACAAACCAAAUGCUUUCAUGACCCUCACACAAAAUUUCUCUGAAGAACCUCCCUCUCUCCAAAUUACAUUCAUCUACUAUCACCAUGAACAAUAGAACUCUCUUCAUGCUCUUUUUUGUAGUUGUAGCUCUUCUAUUUUUACAAUCUUUCUCCCUUGAGACUGAGAAGAAGCCCGUAAAGAAUAUUACAGUUAUCGGUACCGUCUUCUGUGAUGCUUGCUCCAACAAUACUUUCUCCAAGCAUAGCUACUUCAUACAAGGUGCCAAGGUGCAUGUAGACUGCAAGCUGAAGUCAAACUCCAACCCCAAUGGUGAAAUGUCCAUCACGGUUGAUCGAACCACAGACCGAUUUGGAGUCUAUAAACUCGAUAUCCCGCCAGUCGAUGGGUUCGUCUGCACCGAGGGCCAAGAACCCGAGUCCUUCUGUCGAGCAACUCUAGUUUCGAGCUCAUCCUUGUCAUGUGAUGUCCCCUGCAUAAAGAGCUCAGCAGAGCACAUUGCAGUGAAAAAUGAAGGGAUGCAUGCUUGCUUAUAUAACCUCAAUGCGCUUAGUUAUAGGCCAGCCAAGAAGUAUUCCACCUCAUGUGGGACUAAAUUAACCGCAGAAACGGAAAGUUCUUCAACUCCAAACGCUUGUUUGUUCUUUUGGCCACCCUUUCCACCGUUUGGCUUCCCAUGGCCUCCUCCUUUCCCAUUCCCUCCAUUGUUUCCGAGUCCACCAUCUCUUCCAUUCCCUCCAUUGUUUCCGAGUCCACCAUCUCUUCCAUUCCCUUUCCCUCCGAUUCCUUUCUUAACUCCGCCACCACCAUCUUUUCCCUUCCCACUUCCACCUCUGUGGCCAACACCAAGCCCGCCACCGUUCAUGUCUCAGAAGGAAGUUAAAGGCCAAGCCCUGACAGAUUUCUUAGCAACCAUCUGGUGCCUAAUUCUUCCAAAUUAUAUGAAGACUUACCAGAUGAAGUUGCAGAGGCUUACGUAA